AUUAAUCUGAGUACUUGUUUUUAUUGAAUUUAAAGGUAUUCAUCUCUGUGUUUUGAACAAUACGAUUAGAGAAACGAUGGCUGAAGAAAGCGAGAGCUGAUGUUAGCAUGCUAAUUUUCUCUGGCGUGAUGGAGCUAUUAUGGGGUGGGAUGCACACCCCAUGACAUGUGGACCAAAGCAAGAAUCUCCCACCUUGCAUAUCUUCUUCCUAAACACAGUCCGCCACUGUCAUGGCCUCCAGUUAUCCACCCCCCUUUGAGGUGGGUGAUGUGAAGGAGGGCUUUCUUUGCCCACUGUGCCUGAAGGACCUGCAGUCAUUCUACCAACUCCAAGACCACUAUGAAGAGGAGCACUCUGGAGAUGAUCGCCAUGUUAGGGGACAGCUCAAAAAUUUGGUUCAGAAGGCAAAGAAAGCCAAAGACAAGCUGUUGAAACGGGAUGGAGAUGACAGACCGGAUACAGGCAGUUAUGAGUCCUUCUACUAUGGUGGAGUGGACCCCUACAUGUGGGAGCCUCAGGAACUGGGAGCAACCAGAAGUCACCUUGACCUCUUUAAAAAACACCGAGCAGCCAGGAUAGAUCACUAUGUCAUUGAGGUCAACAAGCUCAUCAUUAGACUGGAAAAAUUGACGUCGUUUGACAGGAUCAACUCUGAUGCCGCCAAAAUCCGAGCCAUUGAGAAGUCAGUGGUGUCGUGGGUGAAUGACUCUGAUGUCCCGUUCUGUCCUGACUGUGGAAACAAGUUCAACAUCCGGAACAGGCGCCACCACUGUCGUCUCUGCGGGUCCAUCAUGUGCAGGAAGUGCAUGGAGUUUGUCCCUUUACCUUUGGCUCACAAGCUGAUCAGUGGGACGCGAGAGGCCCUUUGUGUACCUGGCAGCCCCAUUCAGACUCAGUCUCCCCCAGCAGGAGGUGGCGGCAGUGGGAUGGGCUCCAGGAGAGGCAGCAUCAGCAGCCUGAGCAGCGUUACCUCCAUGCUCGAGGAAAAGGACGAUGAGAAGAUUCGCUGCUGUCACCACUGUAUGGACACGCUGCUGAAGAGACAGCAGAAGUUGGAAGAGAGGGACCACAUGCCGGAUGUAGUGAAACUUUACGAGAGGCUGAGGAUGUGCAUGGAGAAAGUGGAUGAAAAGGCUCCAGAAUACAUCAGAAUGGCUGAGUCGCUCAAUGCCGGAGAAACCACAUACAAUCUUGACACUGCUGGUGGACUGAGACUGGAGGUGCAGAAAUACUACCAACUAAUCGAUGCCCUAAGUAAGAAGAUUUUAACACUAAGAGCAAAAGAUGAUCCACCACCACAUCCAAAGGCCCUCCAGCUUCAGAGGAUGAUCCGCUAUACAGCCACGCUGUUUGUCCAGGAGAAGCUGUUAGGUCUCAUGUCUCUACCCACUAAGGCUAAAUAUGAAGAGCUGAAAGAAAAGAGGAAACAGGAACAAGAGAAGAGACUCCAACAAGAGAGACUGGUAACCCAGGGGACCCUGAAAAGGAGGCAGGAGUCUGAGAAAAACCGUCCACCUCCCAGUACUAACGGAGAGCUGCCGCAGGCCCCGAGAGCUCCACGCAUGACCAAAGCUGGGGGAUGGUUGCCCUCCGCAGACUCCGUCCAUACACGCAGCGAGCUGGAGGACCCCCUCCUGCAGCAGAUUGAGAACAUACAGUCAUUUGUUCGUCAGGCACGGGAGGCCAAGAGGACAGACGAGGUAGCCAUGUUGGAGGAGAACUUGCGUCAGCUGCAGGAUGAAUACGAUCAGCAGCAGACCAGCCUGGCCAUCGCGCUCUCCCAGAAGCUGGCCGAGGAGGAGAGUUUGCAGCAGGGGGAGCUCAAUCGCCUGGAAGCGCGGGAAAGGGAUGAGAGGGAGCACUGGGGCCCCACAGUGGGCUCCACCCCGCCUUCCUUCACAUGGGAGAGGUCUCUGGAUAUCAGUCCGGCAGGGGGCUUCCAAGGAGAGGAAGACACUGAAGCAGAGGAGCUGACUCCGAAAGCUGAGAGCAGUCCAUCCUCUGUAAGAGCGUUCCCUGCUCUCACAAGCCAGGAGGAGUCACCUCCCAGGUUGAGGAGCUUAGGGGGACAUGUAACCCCCCCUGGUGGUGAAGGACAGAACACCACCUCCCUUAACCCUUUCGAUGAUGAGGACUCUACUCCCAUUGAGGAGGAUCCAUCCAAUCCCUUCUUUGAGGACAUAAAGAAGGAACACAAAGAGGUAAGCAAUGGGAAGAAAGAAUACAACCCAUUCGAUGAGGGUGAAGAGGGUGAAGAGGUGGAGGAGAACAAACGGGCUGAGUCCAUACCGGGCAACCCCUUUGAAGAAGACGGCAAAACAGACACAGGUAACCCUUUCCAGGAGGCGUCUGGGAGUUCGCCAGGAGUCUCGACUAACCCCUUUGAAGGGGAGCAUGAUGAUGAGGCUUUGCCCGACGUGGACAUGAUAGAGGAGGAGCUGCUGCUGCAGCAGAUUGACAACAUAAGGGCCUACAUUUUUGACGCCAAGCUCAGCGGCCGUCUCGACGAGGUGGAGCUCCUGUCGGAGAACCUCAGAGAGCUACAGCACACUCUACUAGAACAAAAGAAAAAGAAGCACUAACACCUUUCCCACAAAAUCCCCCUGAUUACCUGCUACUUACCAAGUCCUGCAAGGCUAGCUCACUUUACAUGACUAAUGAGCCCACUGAAUUUAGUUUGGGUGAGGUCUGCUGAGCCACAAAAAGACUAGGUUAGUCUCAAAAUGAAAUAUGUUCUAGAGAUCAGUAGUCUGGAGUGACUCUCCAUUCAUUUCCAAACAACUUUCUAAACCACUUAUCCUGUACAGGGUCACAGAGGGCUGGAGCCUAUCCCAGCAUGCACAGUUUUUAAGCACUGCAAGUAGAAAUCCAUUUGUUCACGCAUGUUGCUGAAGAUAUUAAACCUGUUGUGUCAGGGACAACAUGAACAAUGGAAGACAGAAGAAUGCUACUUUAACAUUUAUUUAACGGGACAGUCAGAAGACUGUUUGAGUUGAGUAGGAAGUCAGGAUGUAUGAUUUACAUUUGAUUUACUUAUAAAUCAGUGCAGUUCUUUAAUUCCAUUGAUACUAGUGCCAUCAUGUUGUACCUAAAAUUCGAGCUUAUUUGUGGUAAUUGAAAUUCCUGCUCUUUAUUCAACCAAUACCAAAAAACCAAACCAUGCUGUUCUUACUGGGCCUUCGAACAACACUACAAAAACCACACAAAAUGACAUUUGAUAAUUUAAUUAGAAACAAAUUAAAUUAGACUUUAUGACCACACUUGGGCCGCCUGGUGUUUGAAGGAAACUGAUCAAUAGAUACGUUGUUAUAUAUUAAAAUUCAAUUAUAGGCUUAAAUUACUAAUUCAGUCACACUUGUUGCAGAGCCUCUGACCACUUUGUGUCAUAGAUUUAUAAGGCAAGUUAAAGACACAUUUCGCAGAAUGAAGCCAUUCUUGUUGCUCCUGUGCUAAGUGUCACUCAUACUGACUAUGAUGACAUCAGAGGGAAAAGCUUUUAAUCCUUAAUCAUACUAUAAAUAACCACAUGUACAUCUGCGAUACACUGUCCAGGACCGGAUGAAUAAGUAUUUUUUCUAACAGCCGUUUAAUUUCUGUUUCAGUGUUUUGCUUUUUUCUGUAACAAUGACUUCAAAUGAACACGUUAACCUAUCUCUGUUAGGCGACAUUUCCUGUCUGCAUGGUCUUACUCAAGCAGAUUCGGUUCAGUAAUCGUUGUGCAUCGUAUCUGUCAUGUUGGCUUUGACCUGGUUGCAUUUAGAUGUUUUUUUUGUUUUUUUAAAGCAUCUUAAACGCCAUAUUGAGCCAAGUGAACAGAACAUUUUCCACGUCCUGCUGUUCAACCCCUAAAGGCUGUGAUCUUACUGGUAGCAGUGGCACUACUGAUCCAACUGAGCACUUGGGUUGCAGGAUUUUUGUCUGUGUUUCUGUGACGUGCUGUUUGACGCUUGUCUUGAGGCCAAAAGCUGGUCAACACUUUCAUUUUGUUUUUAUAAAUAUUGUUAAAAUCUCUCAACAUAGCUCCUGUAACAUGCUGUCGGUCAACAUCUGUAUGUAUAGCAUGCUAUCUGUUCAGUAGUAUCCUCUAUGAAGUUCAUUCAAAGUUCAUCCAACCAGCACUGAACAUGAACAUACUAAACACUAUCUGCCAAGGCACAUCGUAGGCAUCUUCAAGUCAACUAAUAACUAACUAAUAAGAUCAACUUAAUUCUUAACUCACCGCACUAUUUUAGACAGGUUUGUUUGUCAGAUAAAUUAACACUACAUGAAUGCCAGCAAGUAUUAUCACUCACAGUGCUGCUACAUCCUUAUUCAUUCGUCAUAGUGCUUUCCUGUCGGUCAGAAUGUCCAUAUUUCUCUACAAAAGCAAAACGUUUUUUGUGUCGUCUGAUCUCGCACUGCUUAUCCGUGACGUCCCCAGAAGGUGUUAAGUACAACAUGUCACUGUAAAUGUUUUGUGACAGUGUGAAUAACUUGAGAAUGUGUAUUUUCAGUUGAUUUUAGCUAAUUUGCUAAAACGUUUUAGACACACAGACAAUUUAUUAACUUUGAAAAUUCCAUCUCAGCACCAAUAAAAGAAAAUGUGUCUCUACAAAA